AGGCUCACAUCCUCGCACCGCGCCGCCAGUGUGGUCGAGAGCGCGCUGUCCCAGAGCCGUCCGUCCGCCGCCACCGCCCGGCCGCAGCCCCGCGCCCCAGAGUCGCCCCGCGGCCAGCCCAGCCCUCUCGCGUCCGCUCCUGGAAUCCGCGCCCUCCACGUAUUCCUGCCCGUCCCCGGCCAUGCUGUCCUUCCAGUACCCCGACGUGUACCGCGACGAGACCGUGGUACAGGAUUAUCAUGGGCAUAAAAUUUGUGACCCUUAUGCUUGGCUUGAAGACCCAGACAGCGAACAAACCAAGGCCUUCGUGGAGGCCCAGAACAAGAUCACUGUGCCCUUUCUCGAGCAGUGUCCCAUCAGAGGUUUAUACAAAGAGAGAAUGACUGAACUGUACGACUAUCCCAAGUAUAGUUGCCACUUCAAGAAAGGAAAGCGGUAUUUUUAUUUUUAUAAUACAGGUUUGCAGAACCAACGAGUAUUAUACGUGCAAGAUUCUUUAGGGGGUGAGGCCAGAGUGUUUCUUGACCCCAACAUACUGUCUGACGAUGGCACAGUGGCUCUCCGAGGUUAUGCCUUCAGUGAAGAUGGUGAAUAUUUUGCCUAUGGUCUGAGUGCCAGUGGCUCAGACUGGGUAACGAUCAAGUUCAUGAAAGUCGAUGGUGCCAAAGAACUUCCUGAUGUGCUUGAAAGAGUCAAGUUCAGCUGUAUGGCCUGGACCCACGAUGGGAAGGGAAUGUUCUACAACUCAUACCCUCAACAGGAUGGAAAGAGUGAUGGCACAGAGACAUCCACCAAUCUCCACCAGAAGCUCUGCUACCAUGUCCUGGGGACUGAUCAGUCAGAAGACAUAUUGUGUGCUGAGUUUCCUGAGGAACCUAAGUGGAUGGGAGGAGCUGAGUUAUCUGAUGACGGGCGCUAUGUCUUGUUAUCAAUAAGGGAGGGAUGUGAUCCAGUGAACCGACUCUGGUACUGUGACCUGCAGCAGGAAUCCAAUGGCAUCACCGGAAUCCUGAAGUGGGUGAAACUAAUCGACAACUUUGAAGGAGAAUAUGACUAUGUCACUAACGAGGGGACAGUAUUCACAUUCAAGACGAAUCGCCAUUCUCCCAACUAUCGCCUGAUCAACAUUGACUUCACGGAUCCUGACGAGUCUAAGUGGAAAGUGCUUGUUCCCGAGCACGAGAAAGAUGUCUUGGAAUGGGUAGCUUGUGUCAGGUCCAACUUCCUGGUCCUGUGCUACCUCCACGAUGUGAAGAACAUUCUGCAGCUGCACGACCUGACCACCGGUGCUCUCCUCAAGACCUUCCCGCUCGAGGUCGGCAGCAUCGUGGGGUACAGCGGACAGAAAAAGGACACUGAGAUCUUCUACCAGUUCACUUCCUUCUUAUCUCCAGGUAUCAUUUAUCACUGUGAUCUUACCAAAGAGGAACUGGAGCCCAGAGUUUUCCGAGAGGUGACUGUGAAAGGAAUCGAUGCUUCUGAUUACCAGACAAUCCAGAUUUUCUACCCUAGCAAGGAUGGUACAAAGAUUCCAAUGUUCAUUGUGCAUAAAAAAGGCAUAAAAUUAGACGGCUCUCAUCCUGCUUUCUUAUAUGGCUACGGUGGCUUCAACAUAUCUAUUACACCCAACUACAGUGUAUCCAGGCUCAUUUUCGUGAGGCACAUGGGUGGCGUUCUUGCUGUGGCCAACAUCAGGGGUGGCGGUGAAUAUGGAGAGACAUGGCAUAAAGGUGGUAUCCUGGCCAACAAACAAAACUGCUUUGAUGACUUUCAGUGUGCUGCCGAGUAUCUGAUCAAGGAAGGCUACACGUCUCCCAAAAGGCUGACCAUUAACGGAGGUUCAAAUGGAGGCCUCUUAGUGGCUGCUUGUGCAAAUCAGCGUCCUGACCUCUUUGGUUGUGUUAUUGCCCAAGUUGGAGUAAUGGACAUGCUGAAGUUCCAUAAAUAUACCAUCGGUCAUGCCUGGACCACCGACUAUGGGUGCUCAGACAGCAAACAACACUUUGAAUGGCUCGUUAAAUACUCCCCACUGCACAACGUGAGGCUGCCCGAGGCGGAUGGCGUCCAGUACCCGUCCAUGCUUCUCCUCACUGCUGACCACGAUGACCGGGUGGUCCCGCUCCACUCCCUGAAGUUCAUUGCCACCCUACAGUAUGUGGUGGGCCGCAGCCGGAAGCAGAGUAACCCCCUGCUCAUCCACGUGGACACCAAGGCUGGCCACGGGGCGGGGAAGCCCACAGCCAAAGUGAUAGAAGAAGUCUCAGAUAUGUUUGCGUUCAUAGCACGAUGCCUGAACAUUGACUGGAUUCAGUAAACGGGAUUUCCUGCUCCUCCGACAGCCACAGAAAACCUCAAGGGCUUUCACACCGUUCCAACCGAGAAACCACUGGGCACAACGCUCCCCACAUGGGCACUGUUCCUGCACACAGACUACAGUUGAACAGAACUACUGUGGGAAUUUUAUCUUUUUUAGGCUUCUCCUUUUUAGCAAGCCCUUGGUGUUUCUUUUCCCACCCUAUCCAGGCACAUAUUUUAAAAAGAAUUUUAAAAGGCAUGUUUGGAUAAAUAGCUCAAUGUCAGCAAACGUGUGAAUACUAGAUUGCUGAAUUAAGGGUCAUAGCCAGGCAUCCUCAUACAUAACUCAGUGAACUUUGCUUCUAUAACCGUAACCUAUAUAUUCCUUAAAUAAAUGUGAGAACUCUUCUCAUGAAAGACUUCAUUGCAAUACUAAUAAAUGCUAUUUAAGAA